AUGGCUCUGGUCACCCUGCAGAGAUCCCCGACCCCCAGUGCUGCCUCCUCGGCCAGUACCAGCGAGGAAUUUGGGAAUGAUGAUGAUCGUAAAACGAAUCUAAGUUUGAGCGACAGCUUUUUCAUGGUGAAGGGUGCUGCCCUCUUCCUGCAGCAGGGCAACUGCUACCAAGGACAAAGGAGUCUUCUACACUUGCACAAGAAUGCUGGAGAUCUACCUCAGCACCUCCAGGUGAUGAUAAAUCUUCUCCGUUCUGAGGAUCGUAUCAAACUGGCUGUCCGCCUGGAGAGCAGCUGGUCAGAUCGUGUGCGUUACAUGGUUGUGGUGUACAGUAGUGGGCGGCAAGACACAGAGGAGAAUAUACUUCUGGGGGUGGAUUUCACCAGUAAAGAAAGUAAAAGUUGCACCAUCGGUAUGGUUCUGAACUUAUGGAGUGACACCACCAUUCGCCUAGAUGGAGAUGGUGGAUUUAGUGUCAACACUGCAGGGAGAACCCAUGUGUUCAAACCAGUAUCCGUCCAAGCCAUGUGGUCAGCCCUUCAAGUCCUACACAAGGCCUGUGAAGUUGCCAGACGAUACAACUACUUUCCUGGAGGGCUGGCUCUUGUGUGGGCCUCGUACUAUGAGAGCUGUAUCUGCUCUGACCAAAGUUGCAUAAAUGAGUGGAAUACCAUGCAGGACCUGGAGUCUACUCGGCCCGAUUCCCCCAUCCUCUUCAUGGAAAAGCCAAGUGAAGGUGAAAGGACUGAAUGGGUCAUCAAAGCUACUUUGCGGAGUGUCAUGAUGAGCAAAGACUUGGAGAAUGUGACUUGUAAAGAAAUUCGAAAUGAGCUGGAAAAGAAACUAAGCUGCAAUUUAAAAGAGUACAAAGAAUACAUAGACAAUGAGAUGCUGGUGAUUUUGGGACAAAUGGAUAAAGCAUCUCUAAUCUUUGAUUACCUUUACUUGGGCUCUGAAUGGAAUGCAUCAAACCUAGAGGAACUCAACAAUGCAGGAAUUGGCUACAUACUUAAUGUGACUAGAGAAAUAGACAACUUCUUUCCUGGCCUUUUUGCCUAUCACAACAUUCGAGUUUAUGACGAGGAGAGUACUGACCUGCUGUCCCAUUGGAAUGAUGCCUAUAACUUCAUUAACAAAGCAAAGAAAAAUAAUUCCAAAUGUCUGGUGCACUGUAAAAUGGGAGUUAGUCGCUCAGCUUCUACAGUCAUUGCUUAUGCCAUGAAAGAGUAUGGCUGGUCCAUGGAGAAUGCAUACAGUUAUGUCAAACAAAGGCGCAGUGUCACCAGACCAAAUGCUGGUUUCAUGCGUCAGCUCUCGGAGUAUGAGGGAAUCCUUGAUGCCAGUAAACAACGACACAACAAAUUGUGGAGGCAACAAGUGGCGCAAGAAAUUCCCCCAGCUGAUUUGGAGGUUAUCUUUCCAACAAAGUUUCAGCCCAAUAAUCUGGAAUCUGAGCUUGAAUACAGAAUAAGUGAUGAUGUGGAUCCAAUUUUGUCUGAAAAAAGAUGUUUUAGGCAUCUUACUCAUGAACUAAUUGAGUCACCAAAUGUGAUGCUUGAAGUGGAAGAGCUAGAGAAAGAUGCUCUUCUAGGAGAGGCCCCUUUUCCAGAGCCAUAUUGCACAAUUGAAGCCAAAGAGAAAAGUGAUUUUGAUUUCAGGACGUGGGAAGUGAGAAAGAAGUUGAAUUUUGAAGGCACCUUUACCUCCCCAAAUUUUGAAGAUGAACAGAAAUCAACAGAAUGUGGCAGUAAGAAACGGGUUGCUUCUUCAGAGUGUAGCAAUGAGGAGCUGCAAAUGAACAAGGAUUUCUAUAACUGCAGCAGCAAGCGAAGCUGCCCGAAAGAUAGUGAGGAGGAUGCCAUUUUUGGAAUCCUAAGCAAGGUUAAACCUCGAUAUCCUUCAUGUACAGACUGUAUGUACCCAUCAACCACCAUGACAUCUGACGCAUAUGAAGAACAUCAGAAGCUGGAGACUGCGGAAACCCCAACUGUGUGCAGUCAGCCAGCACUUCUACAGCAUAUGACAUCAGUAAUAUUGAACAGGAUGCAUGGACACUCAUUUUCUAAAGGAACACAAAACAUACAAACAGACUCUCAAGACUUUCUUGCAUCUUCUUCAAAAACUGCUAAGAACUUCAACAAUUCAGAUGAAUUAAGGAAGGAAGUGUUUGGUCUAAGUUCUUAUGAAAAUCUUGAUUCUAAGAGGGAUUCCAAACAUGCUAAGGAUUUCAAGUGUUUAUUUGUCAGCAAAGAAUUGGAAAAACCUGCCAUGCAUAGCUAUUUAAUGCAGCACCAGGAAUCUAUUAUUCAGCUACAAAAAGCUGGGUUGGUCAGAAAACAUACCAAAGAACUGGAACGUCUGAAGAGUGAAAGCUCUGCUGUGAUUAAAGAAUGUCCCCUAGACAAAACAGAUUCCAGUGGUUAUAAAGAUGGUGAGGGACAAUCAGAAUCUGCUAAGCCUAAUAAAGAACGAACAAGUAGUUUUGAAAAACUAGAAGUUGCUGAUGUGUCAGAGGGAGGUUUUUUGAAAACUUCUACUCCUGGCUAUUGUAAAAUGGAUUUAAUGAGUAGUUUUACAAAAGACUUCCUAAAGACCAUUUGCUAUACACCAACGUCCUCUUCUAUUAGCUCCAAUCUCACUCGAAGUUCCAGCAGUGACAGCAUUCACAGUGUACGUGGCAAACCAGGACUUGUCAAACAGCGGACGCAAGAGAUUGAAACGAGGAUGCGCUUGGCAGGUCUCACUCUUUCUUCCCCUCUGAAGAGAUCUCACUCUCUUGCCAAACUAGGAAGUUUAAAUUUUUCAUGUGAUGACCUGUCGAGUGAUACAGAUUUUCCAAAGAUUGACUAUAAGAGCACCAGUUUUAGAGACCACAGUGUGUGUACAGAAACACCAUCAUCAUCGGGGACAACAGAAACAACAUCAAUUCGAACAGAGUCCACUAACUCAUCCAUGACUGUGACCGAUAAAAGAUGA